GAGACCAACACGCUUCGUGUCCCUGCAAAGACCAUACUACGAUUAUUUCGCUGGCUUCAUGCGCAACAAGGCAUUACAGUUUGGCCCGAAGAAUAUUGCUUUUGGUGCGGCAAUUGCAGUGGGCCUAACGGGUACUGUUUACUGGUUGGGAUACAGAGAAAUGGAAGAACGCCAUACUGGUAAAACUGUGCUUCCAAAGUCUGAGCCAGAGAAUCAGAAACCAAGAUCAUCUUGAGUCGAGUUCCGGACCGUACGUUGAAGCUAAGUUAGUGAACAGAGUCCAUUAUGCCAGCGACAAGUCAAAAAACAU